GGAACUCACCGCGUUGCUGUCACCUAUAAGCCGCGCUGUUGCCCGUGCCGCCGCUAGUCCACCUUGGAGCCAACGUCGAGCUCGCGGGUGAGGGGGAGACACAGCGCCGCCGACUUCGCCAGCCUUUCGCCGUCGAAUCCUCCUUGCCGUCGCCGUUCGAAUCGCGACCUGGAGAGGGAGGAGAUGCGAGCCAUGGCCGGAGGGGAGAAGACGCCGUGUCUGGAAGCCGCCGUCGUCCUCGCAGGGUCAGCCGCUGUCAUGUAUGGCAGAGCCAGAAGAAGAGAGUUCGGGAGCAGAACAGGCGAGAGAGAUCUGAGGCUGGGUUGGGAGUCCAACCACCGCGUCCAGCCGCCGUUUGUGUCGCCGGCGCUGCCUUCGCCGGAGCUGCCACCGUCAAAAAGGGAUUCAUGCCGCCGCAGGUGUCGCUGCCGGAGAAGGGAGCUGCAUCUCUGUGACUCCGGCCGCCGGGAGUGGUUCCGUGACUUCUGGGACCGCCGCCGAAGCCUCUGGCUGUUUCUGCCGUCACCGGAGAAUCCUGCCGUCGCCGGAGUCUGAUCACCGUUGCCGCCUAGGAUGGCUCCUGGGGCUGCCGCCGAACCGGUUCAGAGACCGCCGUUGUUACGGUUCAGCUGUUCCUUCGGUUCGGUAAGCGUUUCGAUCUGAAA